CGCCGCCUGAGCGGCAGAAGGAGCGUGCUCGCAGCGGCGUCAGCACGUGUCGCGGUCCAUACGCAGCAUCCCACGUGCACCCAGCCAAGCUGAUCUUCGCACUCUUCAACGCAAACAGUCAAAAUUGAGCCCGUUAAGCUGGAGUCGCCCUACCACAAACGAAGCGCCGGAAAAUGUGAAGACCUGUCGCCGGAGGUGCACGAGAAAGAGGCGAAAAGGCGCAACAGCAUGUACCCCAGCGCCCAAAUCAAAAUGAGGCUAUUGUCUCCAAGCAUCUCGCCAGCGACGUCGCCGACGAUGUCGAAUUCUUCGUCGCCGACUCCGCCGGGUGCCGGCGCCAUCAACUACAACCACAAAAUCACAGGCAUCCCGUGCGUGGCGGCCGCUUCGCGCUACACGGCGCCGGUGCACAUAGACGUCGGCGGCACCAUUUACACCUCGUCGCUCGAGACACUAACCAAAUACCCGGAGAGUCGUCUGGCGAAGCUGUUCAACGGCAGCAUACCGAUUGUUUUGGACAGCCUGAAGCAGCACUACUUCAUCGACCGCGACGGCGGCAUGUUCCGCCACAUCCUCAACUUCAUGCGCAACUCGCGGCUGCUGCUGCAGGACAACUUUGACGACCUCGACCUGCUCCUAGAAGAGGCCAAGUACUUUGAAAUUUCGCAAAUGGUGCGCCAGCUUGAGGACAUGAAGCGAGAGCGCCAGUGCGCGUCUUCGGGAGGAGUCGGCGUGGCGUCGUCCCAGCGCUUGAGUCCGGCUUCGCGUCGCGCGCAGGCGCGGCACGAGACCGGCGGUGGCCGAAGGGGAAUCGCCGACGCCGUCGACGACGACGAGGGCCACGACGGAAGCGGCAGCAAUGCCACCUACGAGUGCGUGGCGCUGCACGUCAGCCCAGACCUCGGCGAGCGCAUCAUGCUGUCCGGCGAACGCGCCGUCAUUGACGAGUCCUUCCCCGAGACUGCACAGGCGCUGAUGGACGCGCGGUCGAGCGUAGCGUGGAACCACGACGCGCGACACGUGAUCCGCUUCCCGCUGAACGGCUACUGCAAGAUCAACUCGAUGCAGGCGAUCACGCGGCUGCUGAACGCGGGCUUCAAGAUCGCGGCCAGCAACGGGGGCGGCGUCGAAGGCCAGCAGUUCUCCGAGUACCUGUUAGUCCGCAAGGUGUACCCCAUGUGACCGCCGGCCGCCGCGCCCAGGUCGCUGUUGAUGCCGAGCAGGCACCGUCUCGCCGCCAACGCCGCGCAGUAACCCCCUGAAUGAGAGUUACCCCCCUCCCCCGCUUCCGCCCGUUCAGUAGAAAUUCGCCAGUAUUCCCGCACCCUGGAUCGCCUCCCCUCUCGCCCGCCCCCCUUUCGCCCCUCUCGCGAACGCAUUUAACGCGAUCAGGGCUGCGCGGCAAUUUUUUUCGACAGGGUACGCUGGCUGCUUCCUCUCCAGCCGCAGUCGCGCGACGUGAUCUCAGCCCUUCCCCCCACCCCCGGUCCCCCAAUUUCCGUUUUUUCGUUGGAAUUUUGGACUUUCUCGGCAGCGGCGGCCUCUCGAUCAAACGACGCAGUGUUUCUAUUGGUUAUUUGGUAGGAAAAUUCUCCUCGUCGUCGUCACUCACACUCAAACGGAGGACAAUCAAUCAAACUACUGUUGAUUAGUUUUUACUAACUCGCGCUUUUACGUAAUGUUAGUUUUUCUUAACACGCACGGCCAAGUGCCGACGGCCAUUUUUCGUGCGAACGCGACACGCACGCAUUUGCAUUCUUCGACGCUCUCGUGAAUUUGAGGAGCAUUUGCCGAGCUGUCUCGUGCUCGCCCCUUUUUGUACAUAGCUCUAUCGAUCGAACAAUCGUCCACAUUCCGAAAAUCUUUGUCUGUAAGAUGUAUACAAAUAAAACCAAGGAAAAUUCGCAAA